GCUCUCUUGUAUAAAAGGGCAAUAAUUACAAAGCCUUUUUCUCACACCAAUAUAUCCUGCCUCUUCUAAGUCGCUUAAUUUUAUAUAGCUACCGUCACUUAUCCUCUAGGAGAAAAAAUGUCGUCUGAUCUCUAUGGUAAGCUUGAGACAGAUGUAGAAAUCAAAGCUUCAUCUAGUCAAUUCCAUCACAUGUUCACACACAAACCUCACCACAUAUCCAAUGCCUCCUCUGACAAAGUUCAAGCUUGUAAUUUACACGAGGGUGACUGGGGUACUGUGGGUGCUGUGAUCUCCUGGAACUAUUUCCAUGAUGGGAAACCUAGAGUUGCAAAGCAAAUAAUUGAAGCCAUAGACGAAAAAAAGAAUUCAAUCACUUUCAGAAUGCUUGAAGGAGACCUUAUGGAGCAUUUCACUAGCUUUGUAAUCACCAUUCAAGGAAAUCCCAAAAUUGGUGGUAAGGGCAGCAUUAUCCACUGGCAUCUUGAAUAUGAAAAGAAGCACGGUGAAAUUGUAGAUCCCCAUACAUUGGUUGAGUUCUUUGUUGAACUCUCGAAAGACCUCGAAACUCAUCUUCUCGAGGAUGAUGUCUUUGGUAAGCUUGAGACGGAUGUCGAAAUCAAGGCUUCUCCUAGUAAGUUCCAUCACAUGUUCAAACACAAACCUCAUCACAUAUCCAAUGUGUCCUCUGACAAAAUUCAAGGUUGUGAUUUACACGAGGGUGAAUGGGGAACUGUAGGAGCUGUUCUCUACUGGAACUACUUCCAUGAUGGGAAACCUUGUGUUGCAAAGGAAAUAGUUGAAGCCGUAGACGACGAGAAGAAUUCAAUCACUUUCAGAGUGAUUGAAGGAGACCUUAUGGAGCAUUUCAACAGCUUUGUAGUCACUAUUCAAGCAAAUCCCAAAGUUGGUGGCGAGGGCAGCAUUGUCCAUUGGACUCUGGAGUACGAAAAGAAGCAUGGGGAGAUUGUAGAUCCCCAUACAUUGCUCGAGUUCGUUGCUGAUGUCUCCAAAGAUCUUGAAACUCAUCUUCUGGAGGAGGAUUAG